CUUUAUCUUUUAGAUGCACCACUUGUUGGAUUCUGCAGGGACCGAAUGACUUACACUGCCUAUUCGAGUAUUUGAGUGUUGACUAGAGCAAAGUGCGAUGUCAUACUUGCCCCGAUGGGCAUCCUCAACUUGGCCAUCCACCACUGUGGCCACUGCGCUGCCUAUCUCACUCUCUCUUCAUUAACCUCCUCCUCUCGCGUCCAAUGCGCCACGGUUGUCUGCUCGAGAUUCCAUGAGCGUGACUGCGCGUAUUAGCUUUCCAGCAUCUCAGGGCUGCUUUGCUGCGCCUAGUACUCGUUCUGCUUCUGGUGGCACAAGUUCGCAACACCCUCUCGUCUUCUCAGUCGCCAUGGACCUUGGUGACUCGUCCUCGGAUGAUGGAGAUCAAUUGAACACGCCUUUGUCGGACUCGGCGCAGCUCAUUGAAGUGGCAUAUCCUCCUGGGAUAAGUGAUACCUACGAUCCAAGCGCCGUUUCUCCGGACUUCCACGAGCGUGCCACAGCAGAUUCUACCUCACGUUGUUCGUCUUCAGGUCAAAGCUGCUUCUCCUCCCCGUGUAAACCAGGUAACCAGCCUUUAUUCGACGAUUUUCUCGCAGCGUCACCUGCCUCCGUACUUUCCUCGCCAUCUUUUACGUCACCUCCGUUAGACGCCAGUAUACUUUGUUCGAAUACUUUGCUUGACACUCACAUAAGUCUGGACGACUCGAGUCUUGAUCUGUACCCCUCUAGUGUUGAGGUAUCACAUGCGCCACUCUCCCCCUCCCCGCGGAAGUUACUCUCCAUGAACACUUCUGCUCGCCCGGAGCAGGCUGUGGACGACCGAAGCGCGCCACCCCGACCUUUUCCACUUCGCAAACGUGCCUCUGACACGCAGUCCCCUCUGAAUGAUACGCGCGCGGGCCAGAAGCCGAAGCUCUCCUGCGCACCUAGUUCAGGAUUCCUACCCUCUACGCUCGGGCGUUCCUACUGCGCCAGAUUCCCACCAGACCAUCGUCUUCGAAGUGACUUUGUGCGCACUUAUGCCUUAGAUGCAGAGCUUGGUUCGGGAGGCUAUGGGUUCGUAAUGACUGCGCGACGUCGCCAAAAUGGCCAGGAGGUCGCUGUCAAGUUCAUCCCCAAGGACAAAAUUCCGAGGUAUGGAUGGGUCACUGAUGAGUCUGGGAAGAGCAUACCGAAGGAGGCCUGGUUCCUGUCGAAGGUCGACCACCCUGCUAUCGUGAAGUUUCACGAGCUGUAUGAAGACAACUUGUAUUUCUAUCUUGUGAUGGAACUGCACGGAACCCCCUGGUACAGAAGGCGAAGUAAGGUUACUCAUGCCCGUCAAACUUCCCAGGAACCUCCAGAAACGGGUACAGACGAAAACGAACCUCCUGCCGUGACUGCCUCUACAGCAGACCAAGACUCAGGCUCAAAAUCAUCCAAGAUCCAGAAACUUGCUAAGGGUCCGUUAGCACGGCCAACAUUCGCUCGUCGAGCAUCGCACGAUCUGUUCGAGUGUAUUGAACAAUCUAAGCACAAGCGGUUCUCAGAGGACGAUGCGAAGUACAUUUUCGCUCAAGUUGUCGACGUUAUCGAUUACUUGGAUCAACUUGGAAUUACUCAUUGCGACAUCAAGGAUGAGAAUGUGGUCAUUGACAAGAAUCUAAAGAUCAAACUUGUCGACUUUGGUAGUGUUGUAUCUGUUGAUCCAUCCCAGGACCGUCCAUUCUACAAGACGUUCUAUGGCACCGCUGCUUACGCAUCGCCCGAAAUCAUGGCGAAUCAGUUAUACCAAGCAGCACCUGCGGAGAUAUGGGCUAUUGGGGUGCUCCUCUCGUUCCUCAUCACUGGCAUGUCGCCUUUCCCAACGGAGGAGGAUAAACGGAAUGGGCGAAUCGUACUUGAUGAUGUGUCAAGGGCACGUAUGUCUGAUGAGUGCUACCAUCUACUACAGAGGUGCCUUGACGUCGACCCAAAGCGCCGUGCGGAUAUUGCAGAGGUGAAAGCUCAUCCUUGGCUCGCAGCUGGAUACGAGAGGCUGUACGCAGAACGAUCAUCGUAACGUCUUCUUGCUUUCGCUCCUACUAUUCCAUCCUUUUCUGUUCAUGCCCUCGCUCACCAGCGAGCAUAAAAUGUAGAGCACGCCUUUUUUCGCGUUCCACCCUCAUUCUUUACUUCGUCUUCCUUAGGAUCCAACGCUCAACGUAUACACUUUGCAACUCCCCCAUCC